UCUUUUAACGCAUAUAUACGCACUCCAACUACUUAACACAAAUGAGAAAAACCAAAGCCAUGAAGAUUUUUGUUGCAGCAUUAGUCAUCAUUGCUCUCUUUCUUCUUCCAAUGGCCGUAUCAGCGAGGCAUAUAGGCAGGUCACGAACACACCAUGGGCACCACCAUUCGACACAGCCUCGAAUUAAAGACGGGACAGUCGCAAAACCCAAUUUUUUAUACAGGGAAAGGUGGCCACAAAAGAGAAGGGGUGCUGAUACUGUCCAAAUUGCAGGAUCAAGUUUGCCAGAUUGUUCUCAUGCAUGUGGGUCAUGCUCACCGUGUAGACUAGUAAUGGUCAGUUUUAUUUGUGCUGCACUUGAAGAGGCUGAGACUUGUCCCAUGGCUUAUAAGUGCAUGUGUAAUAACAAGUCUUACCCUGUCCCAUGAUGGUCAUCCCCCUUCUUCUUCUUUUUUUUUUUUUUUGAGAGAGAAUGUUCAUUCCCCUUGACUCAACUCUCUACAUGUUUAAUUAACUUAGCCUAACUACUAGAUUAGAACUGUUUUUUUUUUGUAUCAUUUUUUUCUCCAAUUUUACCUUUCUAUUGUAGACAUGCCUUUCUUUUGUGUAACCAGAGAGUUAGUUUCCUUUA